AGUCAGAAAUUUCGUUAGGUGAAAUUGUUAGGUAUUUGUUUCAUAACGCUCACUAUUCGAUAGUUGAUGAGAUUGCAUGGAUUGAAUUAAUCAACCUGACAUCCUGAACUAAGAUGAAUCUGGAAGAAAGUUCGAAAUUUUGGCCUCAGUGGUUUGCUGCAGCAACAGUUACUGUACUUGCUCUUCUACAUGGGCUAACAGCUGGAUGGAGUUCACCAUAUUUAGCGAAAUUGACACAGGGAACGGAAUCUUUGACAAUCACUAAUGACGAAGCAUCGUGGGUGGCCUCCUUGCAUCACAUAUCUCGGCCUGUGGGUUCAAUCACUGGUGCUGCGAUAGCACACAAAUUUGGGAGUAGGAAAGGAAUACUUCUUGCGGGAGUUCCACAUGGUGUUGCAUGGACCUGCUUUCUAAUAACAGAAUCAGUUCCUUUGAUUUAUACAUCGAGAGUAUGCAGUGGUCUUGCGAUAGGGAUAUAUUUAAGUACUUUUCCACUUUAUAUUGGUGAAAUAAGUAAUACGAAGAUCAGAGGUUCUCUUAUAAGUGUAGUGAUCCAGGGAGCUAGCAUUGGAUACCUAAUAGGAAAUAUUUUGGGAGCAUAUCUAUCAAUGAAAAUUUUCGCCAUCAUAGGUCUUACAAUCAGUAUCAUUUUUAUCGUACUUGUUUCCUUAAUUCCGGAUAGUUCACAUUACUUAAUGAAGAGAAACAAAUAUGAAAAAGCAGAGAAAUCGUUAAAGUGGUACGUUGGCAAAAAAGAUGUGACAGUUGAACUGAACGCAUUGAUAGCUUACAUAGGCGAACCGCAGAAAUUAUCAAUUAGAGAGACAUUCCAGAAAUGGUUAACCCCACUGAAUCGCAAAGUUCUGAUAAAUAUGCUUUGUAUUCACGUUGUCAUGCAUCUUGGUGGCAUCCAUGUCAUUCGACUAUACAUGGAAAUUCUUUUAAUAACUCUGAAAAUUGAUAUCAUUGCUCCAUCUCUAGCAGUCGUAUGUGGAGGAAUAGUUACAAUUAUUGGUGGUCUUACGGCGAUCUACACGACUGAUCACUUUGGGAGACGGACUAUGCUCGCAAUUUCUUCUCUGGGGGUUUCGUUCGUCUUCUUUCUCAUAGGUAUCAAAUUUCUGCUGUUCAGGUGUGAUUAUGAUAUUUCGAGUGUCCAAUGGUUAGUUAUUACUGAAUUCAUGCUGUACAUGUUUUUUUUGAAUAUUGGACUCGCGUGUAUUCCAUGUUGUCUGGUGAGUGAAGUUUUUCCGACAGAAUUAAAAGAAAUUGGCGCAUGCGUAACAAGUGGUGUGGGUGCUGUCAUAGCAUUCAUCGUGAGUAAAAAUUAUCAGCCCAUAUUAAACGCUACAUCCGAAGAAUUCAUAUUCUUCCUUUACGCUAUACUUCUACUUUUCAUGUUCAUCUAUACAUUUGUCUUCGUUCCAGAAACUAAAGGUAAAUCGCUUCGAGAGAUUCAGGAGAUGUUAAUGGAGAGAAAUGAACGAACUGAUUGAAAAUAUCAGUGUGCAACAUACAUUGUCACGCGUGUGGAAGCUAACCAUAAUUAUAUGUAUUCAAUAAAGGAAAAUGCGAUAGCAAAACUGUU